GGGACGCAGGGAACAGAGGGCAGUGGGGUGGGGCAGCAGGAGAAAGCCAUGGAGCUGUCCUCACCCCAGGAUGAGGGCCUGAGGAAGAAACAGCCCAAGAAGCCUGUUCCUGAGAUUCUGCCAAGGCCACCCCGGGCCUUGUUCUGCCUGACCCUGCAGAACCCCCUGAGGAAGGCCUGCAUCAGCAUCGUGGAAUGGAAACCCUUCGAGACGAUCAUCUUGCUCACCAUCUUUGCCAACUGUGUGGCCCUGGCCAUGUACCUGCCCAUGCCUGAAGAUGACAACAACUCUCUGAACCUUGGCCUGGAGAAACUGGAGUAUUUCUUCCUCAUCGUCUUCUCCAUUGAAGCCGCCAUGAAGAUCAUUGCCUACGGCUUCCUGUUCCACCAGGAUGCCUACCUGCGCAGCGGCUGGAACGUGCUGGACUUCACCAUCGUCUUCCUGGGGGUCUUCACGGUGAUUCUGGAACAGGUCAACGUCAUCCAAAGCAACACAGCGCCUAUGAGCAGCAAAGGAGCUGGCUUGGACGUCAAGGCCCUGAGAGCCUUCCGCGUGCUCAGACCCCUGCGGCUGGUGUCAGGGGUGCCCAGCCUGCAGGUGGUCCUCAACUCCAUCUUCAAGGCCAUGCUGCCCCUGUUCCACAUCGCCCUGCUGGUCCUCUUCAUGGUCAUCAUCUAUGCCAUCAUUGGGCUGGAGCUCUUCAAGGGCAAGAUGCACAAGACCUGCUACUUCAUUGGCACAGACGUCAUGGCCACGGUGGAGAAUGAGGAGCCGUCUCCCUGCGCCAGGAUGGGCUCGGGGCGCCGCUGCACCAUCAACGGCAGCGAGUGCCGGGGCGGCUGGCCGGGUCCCAACCACGGCAUCACCCACUUCGACAACUUUGGCUUCUCCAUGCUCACCGUGUACCAGUGCAUCACCAUGGAGGGCUGGACUGACGUCCUUUACUGGGUCAACGACGCCAUCGGGAAUGAGUGGCCCUGGAUCUACUUUGUCACCCUCAUUCUGCUGGGAUCCUUCUUCAUCCUCAACCUGGUGCUGGGUGUCCUGAGCGGGGAAUUCACUAAGGAGCGGGAGAAGGCCAAGUCCAGGGGAACCUUCCAAAAGCUCCGGGAGAAGCAGCAGCUGGAGGAGGACCUUCGGGGCUACAUGAGCUGGAUCACGCAGGGCGAGGUCAUGGACGUGGAGGACUUGAGAGAAGGGCGGCUGUCUUUGGACGAAGGUGGCUCUGACACAGAGAGCCUGUAUGAGAUCGUGGGCUUGAACAAAAUCAUCCAGUUCAUCCGGCACUGGAGGCAGUGGAACCGCAUCUUCCGCUGGAAGUGCCACGACAUAGUGAAGUCCAAGGUCUUCUACUGGCUGGUGAUCCUCAUCGUCGCCCUCAACACCCUGUCCAUCGCCUCGGAGCACCACAACCAGCCUCUCUGGCUGACCCAUUUGCAAGACGUGGCCAACCGGGUGCUGCUGGCCCUGUUCACCAUCGAGAUGCUGAUGAAGAUGUACGGGCUGGGCCUGCGCCAGUACUUCAUGUCCGUCUUCAACCGCUUCGACUGCUUCGUGGUGUGCAGCGGCCUCCUGGAGAUCCUGCUGGUGGAGUCGGGCGCCAUGACGCCGCUGGGCAUCUCCGUGCUGCGCUGCAUCCGCCUCCUGCGGAUCUUCAAGAUCACCAAAUACUGGACGUCCUUGAGCAACCUGGUGGCCUCCCUGCUCAACUCCAUCCGCUCCAUCGCCUCCCUGCUGCUGCUGCUCUUCCUCUUCAUCGUCAUCUUCGCCCUCCUGGGCAUGCAGCUGUUCGGGGGCAGGUAUGAUUUUGAGGACAUGGAGGUGCGGCGCAGCAACUUCGACAACUUCCCCCAGGCCCUCAUCAGCGUCUUCCAGGUCCUGACGGGUGAAGACUGGACCUCCAUGAUGUACAACGGGAUCAUGGCGUACGGCGGGCCGUCCUACCCUGGCGUGCUCGUGUGCAUUUACUUCAUCAUCCUUUUCGUCUGCGGCAACUAUAUCCUGCUCAACGUCUUCCUGGCCAUUGCCGUGGACAACCUGGCCGAGGCGGAGAGCCUGACUUCCGCCCAGAAGGCCAAGGCCGAGGAGAGAAAGCGCAGGAAGAUGUCAAAGGGUCUCCCAGAUAAGUCAGAGGAGGAGAAGUCCAUGAUGGCCAAGAAGCUGGAGCAGAAACCCAAGGGUGAGGGCAUCCCCACCACGGCCAAGCUGAAAAUUGAUGAGUUUGAAUCUAACGUCAAUGAGGUGAAGGAUCCCUACCCCUCGGCUGACUUCCCAGGGGACGACGAGGAAGAUGAGCCUGAGAUCCCAGUGAGCCCCCGACCGCGCCCGCUGGCCGAGCUGCAGCUGAAAGAGAAGGCGGUGCCCAUUCCAGAGGCCAGCUCCUUCUUCAUCUUCAGCCCCACCAACAAGCUCCGCGUCCUGUGUCACCGCAUCGUCAACGCCACCUGGUUCACCAACUUCAUCCUGCUCUUCAUCCUGCUCAGCAGUGCCGCCCUGGCUGCCGAGGACCCCAUCCGGGCGGAGUCCAUGAGGAAUCAGAUCCUCAAGUACUUUGACAUUGGGUUCACCUCUGUCUUCACCGUGGAGAUCGUCCUCAAGAUGACGACCUACGGGGCCUUCCUGCACAAGGGCUCCUUCUGCCGCAGCUACUUCAACAUGCUGGACCUGCUGGUGGUGGCCGUGUCCCUCAUCUCCAUGGGACUUGAGUCCAGCGCCAUCUCCGUGGUGAAGAUUCUGAGGGUGCUGAGGGUGCUGCGACCCCUCCGAGCCAUCAACAGAGCCAAGGGGCUGAAGCACGUGGUGCAGUGCAUGUUCGUGGCCAUCAGCACCAUCGGGAACAUCGUGCUGGUCACCACCCUGCUGCAGUUCAUGUUCGCUUGCAUCGGCGUGCAGCUCUUCAAGGGGAAGUUCUACAGCUGCACCGACUUGUCCAAGAUGACGGAGGAGGAGUGCAGGGGCCACUACUACGUGUACAAGGAUGGGGACCCCACGCAGGUGGAGCUGCGUCGCCGCGAAUGGGUGCACAGCGAUUUCCACUUCGACAAUGUGCUCUCAGCCAUGAUGUCCCUCUUCACCGUCUCCACCUUUGAGGGAUGGCCUCAGCUGCUGUACAAGGCCAUAGACUCCCACAAGGAGGACGUGGGCCCCGUCUACAACAACCGAGUAGAGAUGGCCAUCUUCUUCGUCAUCUACAUCAUCCUCAUUGCCUUCUUCAUGAUGAACAUCUUUGUGGGCUUCGUCAUCGUCACCUUCCAGGAGCAGGGGGAGACCGAGUACAAGAACUGCGAGCUCAACAAGAACCAGCGCCAGUGUGUGCAGUACGCCCUGAAGGCCCGGCCGCUGAGGUGCUACAUCCCCAAAAACCCAUGCCAGUACCAGGUGUGGUACGUCGUCACCUCCUCCUACUUUGAAUACCUGAUGUUCGCGCUCAUCAUGCUCAACACCAUCUGCCUGGGCAUGCAGCACUACAACCAGUCAGAGGAGAUGAACCACAUCUCAGACAUCCUCAACGUGGCCUUCACCAUCAUCUUCACCCUGGAGAUGAUCCUCAAGCUCAUGGCCUUCAAGGCCAGGGGCUACUUUGGAGACCCCUGGAAUGUGUUUGACUUUCUGAUUGUCAUCGGCAGCAUCAUCGACGUCAUCCUCAGCGAGAUUGACGUGAGUAUCAGGCCGGCAGAGCCAUCAUCACUGGGGUGGGGCCGGGGGCACUUGUUCUGUCCACAGACAGGC